UUGCUUUUCAAGCUUCAGUCAGUUUUGUGAUCUUCAAGCAGCCUCAACAUGGCAUCUGCUAAGCUGUUUCUUGCUGUAGCCAUUUUGGCGACCUUCUCUCUUACCGUAAAUGCCGGUUUUCUGGAUUAUGUUUUUCCUACCGUCAUGUCGGAAUUCUAUAGCCUGGCACCUACGAAGGAGGGUUAUCGUUUUAACUUGGAAGAACCAAAUGGUAGCAAACGUGAGGAAAUCGGUGUCAUAAUGAAUCCCGGCACCGAGGACGAGCAGCUCGUUGUCAUGGGUACCUACACGGUUUACGAUGAAAAGACAGACACCGAAACGAUCACAAUGUACACAGCCGACAAGGACGGUUACAAGCCACGCUACAUGAUUAAGAACCGCAAAUUGAGCCCGGGUGCAUUGAAAUCCGCCGCUGGUUAAGCAACGUGCUGCUA